CUUCCGUUUUAUUUCCUGCUUAUGACUUCAGAUCUGGCGCUUCUGAGGGGCGUUGAUGGCAGCAGCGCAGCCAGCGAUCUCCGCAGGCGUUGCUCUUCCAUUGGGCAGUUCAAACCGCGUGCGAUUCGAGCGCGCUCGUGGAUGUGUUGUUCGUGGCGCACUGAUCUGGCAACAGUGUCGCUGCGUGGCGCUCGGGGUGUCUUCUGCGUUGGCUUGGCUGUCCUACAGUUGACGUUUGAUGGAAACACGAUGUGGGAUGGAUUCUCCGAGGCUGACAUCGAGCGACUGAAGUCAGGAGAAUGCCCUACGAAAGGGCUAACGGCGGGGUCGGGCCCUGUGGUGGCGGCGAGACGCCACGCGACGCACCUGCGCGGGUCCGCCAGGAAGAACAGCGCGCGCGAGCGGUUGCUGCGGCCGGGCGCCGGAGGGGGCGGGGAUGCGGACGGCGGAGCCGUCGACAUCCCCGACGGGGCACGCCUCUCCGCCCCCAAGGUUGUUGACAGAAAAAACCAAGACAAUUCUCGUUUAACUCCAAAGAAUGAGGAUGAGAAUUCCCAGCUUAUUUCUAUACCAGAUUCUAAGGACAACGAAUGUGAGACAACUCCUUUAACUAAAGAGAAGACUCUUAAUGUGGAAACAAGUACAAAUCAAGGACCUGUUUGCAUAAAAAUUAAGGAGGGCAAAAAUUAUGAGGUACUAAGUUCAGAAAAAACACCAUUAGAUGAAUUUCAGUCACGGCACAAAAUGAUGGAGGAACAAAAUCGUCGUCGUAAGGAAUUGCUGGCAAAAGCUCUAGCAGACAGAAAACGCUAUGAUAAAGCUGAAAAGGAAUUUUUGGAGGCAAAAUUACACUUAUUUGGAAAGUUAGAACGAAAGGAGCUUUUAACAGAGCACUUGUGCAAGAUUAUAGAACAGAAUGAAAUGCGAAAAGCCAAGAAACUGUCUGAACUAAUGGACAAGUUGGAACUGGAGAACCCUGUUGAGUACACAGAAGAGGAACAAAAGAAUACUGUUGGAUCUGUGAUAAUACCCACUUUGUGUGCCUUGGAUGAAGUUUCAUAUUCUGCUUGUAAUACAUUAAAGAGCAGACAGCAUGAACCUAAGCACAGCCCGAAGACUUCAUCAGAGGAGCUAGAAAAUAAUCUUAGCAGCAAUUCAAUACAAAGCAGUAGUGUUGCACCAACAAAAGAUUCUGCUGAUGCAGUUGAAGACUCAAACUCAACAGCCAUGAACAAAGUAGAGGCAGUGGACACAACGACUUAUGCAACUGAAGAGAUUGGAGACAAACUUGCUAAAGAAAGUGUGUGAUGUGAAAAUCAGGUACGCUUAUGACUUUUUUCCCAGUAUUUAUUGUGGUGAGUCCUAAACAUAAUGGGUUAAGACCUGUUGCACUCAGAGAUAAGUGUGGCUUGGUUACUUAGUUAAAGUCUUGUUAAUGUUUUUUAAGAAGUUGGAACCUCCUGAAGAUUGAGGCAGCUGGAGUAAGGAUUUGCAAGCAUUUUUAGCCAAAAACUUUAUUGCAUGUAGGCAUCGAAGAAAUACAGCAAGUAUUCUAAGAGUAUUUAGUUCUUGCAUAUUCAUGUAUACCAAUGUAAAAUGUAUUAACACUCAGGAUAAAGUAGAAAUAUUAAUUAGAAAAAAUAACUGACAAUAAUGAACAUAUACCUGUUAUGAAUGGACUUUCACCAGUCUGACAAUGAUAUUUAAUGUGCCUCUUUUUAAUCUGGAAGUAUAAAACUACUUACUAAUUUUACUGAUACAAAGAUGAAAUUGCUAUGUUUUACUUCAGUUUGAUUAUGUUUGUUUGUGAAUUUUUUACAAAAUUAUUAAUGGUCAGAAUUCAGUAUUUAAAAUGGUGCUGUUAUUAAUGUACCUAAUAUUAAAUUGAAUCAUAUAUGGUGACCUGAACUGAUUAAAACUUAAGUCACAAGGUAUGUAUCAAGGCCAGAUUUUCUUGAUGUGGAAAAAAAAUCAUAGAAAGUUGAAGGCAAUAGAGUAAUUCCAGUAGUUUUUAUAUUGUACAAAUUCAAGAUGAAAAAUAUUACACAUAAAGGGUUAUAAUUGUUAAAUAUUUAAAGAUCAUUGUCAUGAAAGUAAAAUUAUACUUUUCAAUUUUUCCAUGAUUAUGAACACUACUGGUGUCUAAACAAGCUGCUUUAUUAUUAAUUUUGAAAGGUUACAUUACGGACCUUCAAACUGAAAGAGACCAUUUAUCAAAUCUGGCCCUGAAGUUUGUUGAUUCUGUACAAUUUUAUCAAGUUAAACUAUUAAUGAACUGUUAUUCCUAAGUACUAUACAUUUUUAUGCUUUAAAGUGUUUUUAGACAGAUAUUUAUGAUUUAUUGUUGCAGCUAUUGCAAAGCUUUUUAGAUGAGAAAAUGUUGUUAGCAGUGAUCUUUCUAAAGGUAUAAUUGAUAUUGUGUGUAAUGUCACAAUAUUGCCUUUUUAUAAAAAAAGUUACAUUAAUAAAGUAAAAUACUUCC